AUGGCCGAACCACCAAAAACCCCGGGUCGGCCCGUUUGUGUUGUUUUCGGCCCCCAGAGUUCCGAGAUUGAUGAAACUUUAUUUUACAUCAGCCGCAACAUCGACGAAAAUCCAUCGUUGGAAUUCCUCAAGGAUGUCUUGCAAGAACUACCGUCGCUAUGGUCGCCCAUUACAGAUGCUUGGUCCUCUUUAUCCUCAAUCCCUGGAGCGACACAACUUACGGUGCUUGCUGAAUGUGUUCAGGGGACGACAGUCGCUCCCAAAAGUGCAAUGAAUGUGUUCAUGACGCCUCUCACUGUUAUUCGACAGAUAAUCGAUGUGUGGAAAUUCAAAGAAGAGUCCCAGAACAGGUGCAGAAUCGUGGAUGCCCAGGGGUUUUGUGUCGGCUUCUUAGCGGCGGUCGCAGUCGCUUGCUCGAAUGAUUCCAACGAAUUUGAGGACAUCGCAUCCACUAUGAUCCGAUUGGCUGUUUGCAUUGGAGCAGCAGUUGACCUGGAUGGCAUCUUGCAUGGUCCGGCCCGAUCUGUUGCUUUAAGAUGGAAGUCGGAUAGUGAGAAAGAACAACUCGACCGAGUGUUGGGUAGCUCUUCAACGGCCUACAUCUCCUGCUUUACGGAUGCAACCUCAGUCACAGUCACAGUCGCGGAAGAUGAAGUGGAGGAUUUGACCAAGGAGCUAGGAGGUCAUGGGUUGUCGGUAAAAAUUAUUGACCUGAAGGGAAGAUUUCAUCAUUCGAGACAUGUCACAGCUGUUCAAUACCUUGCAGAUCUUUGUGAGACAGACGCCAGGUUCCGGUUAGCAAGGACUACUCCUUGUGUUCUUCCACUGAGGUCCAAUGUCGAUGGCCAUGUGCUUGGGAAACGAUUUGCCAUUCACAAAACUGCCCUGGAAUCAAUCCUGACCAACCCAUCACAGUGGGCUAGAACUGUUUCUGCCGCAUUUGAGCAAGCGAGAGAGACACAUGACGAUUUAGCCUUUGUGGCCAUUGGAACUGGCCAGUUUGUUCCACGUCUAGUCAGAACCCGCGUUCUAGAUCACUUGAACAACAAGUGGUCGGACACAAAAAAACAUGCAAUUCUGCCAAAUGGAAUCCACAGAUCAUCUUCCGCCACUGGAUCGAGGCCUUCAAUCGAUAUGGCCACUAUCGGCCCGACAGUGACCCCAAUUGCCAUCACUGGCAUGGGGUGCCGAUAUGCCCAAGCGGAUUCCCCAGAGCAACUUUGGGAGAUGCUCGAGCUUGGGCGGUGUGGUGUCAACGCACUUCCCAACGAGCGAUUCAAGAUGGACAAUCUUCUUCGCGAGCCAAAGGGGCCAUUCUGGGGAAACUAUCUGGCUAAUCCAGAUGUGUUUGAUCAUCGCUUCUUUGGAAUUUCGGCCCGAGAAGCGGAGGCUAUGGACCCCCAGCAACGACUACUUCUUCAGGUAGGGUAUGAGGCUAUGGAGUCAGCUGGAUAUUGUGGUCUUCGCACCUCCAAUAUCCCGACCGACAUCGGUUGUUAUGUUGGUGUCGGCUCGGACGACUAUACUGACAAUGUUGGAUCAAGCAACGCGAACGCCUUUUCAGCUACAGGAACACUCCAGGCGUUUUGCACUGGCCGUCUUAGUCACUAUUUUGGGUGGACUGGGCCAUCGGUGGUGGUUGACACCGCAUGCUCCUCAGCUGCGGUGUCUAUUCAUCUUGCAUGCAAGGCACUUCAAACUAAUGAAUGUUCUAUUGCCGUGGCGGGCGGCGUAAAUGUCAUGACCAGCCCCAGAGUGACACAAAAUCUGGCGGCAGCCUCCUUUCUCUCACCCACUGGUGCUUCGAAGGCCUUCGAUGCGAGUGCCGAUGGUUAUUGUCGUGGAGAGGGGGCGGGGCUGGUCGUUCUACGACCCUUGAAAGACGCAAUUCAUAACGGAGACCCCAUUCUUGCCAUCAUUGGUGGGUCGGCGGUCAAUCAGGGGUCCAACCGCUCUCCAAUCACUGUCCCAGACUCGGAUUCCCAGAUAUCCCUUUAUCGGAAGGCCCUUGUGACAUCUGGGGUUCGUCCAGAAGACGUCACUUAUGUUGAGGCGCAUGGCACAGGCACACAAGUAGGCGACCCAAUUGAAUUUGAGAGCAUCCGCAAAACGUUUGGAAGACCUGCGCGCACCGAAAGGCUUUAUGUCGGAUCUAUCAAAGAUAACAUCGGCCACACUGAAACUUCUUCAGGCGUAGCUGGCCUACUAAAGACUGUCCUGAUGAUGCAGAAACACCAGAUACCGAAGCAGGCCAAUUUCGUUCAACUGAACCCCAAGAUUCCCACGUUGGACGAUGCAGCAAUCGCAAUUCCAACCAAGUCUAUCCACUGGCCCUCCGCUGCUAAUUCAUCUUCGACUGCUGUGGCGAUGGUGACCAAUUACGGAGCUGCAGGAAGCAACGCGGCUCUUGUUGUGAAACAAUACGACGCAAAAUCUGGCCUUUCGAAUCCAGUUUCUCCCCUCCCUAGUGAGGUGCCUGUUAUUCUAGCAGCCAACACCGUUGAAUCACUCGGAUCAUACUGCAAAGCUCUGCUUUCAAGCGUCCGCGAUGCACACCUGAGCAGUUGCCAAGACAUAGCCUACAACUUGGCAAUCAAACAAAGCAGAGACAUGGACUACGUUUCAGCAUUCAGCAUUCCUGUAGAUCGACCCAACGACCUUAUUGCGAAGCUAGAGUCAAUAUCAUGUGAGACUACAAAUCUCGAGAAACAACCGGCUGCCCGUCUGCCCGUCAUCUUGUGCUUUGGUGGGCAAAAUGGGAACGAAGCAACCAUUUCCGAAGACCUAUUUAAUCAGUGUGAACUGCUUCAAUAUCACCUGAUGGAAUGUGAAAAAAUUUGUCAAACUCUUGACCUUCCGAGCCUCUUUCCGAGUAUCUUCCAACCUGGCCCAAUUGAAAAUACCGUCAGCCUUCACUGCAUUUUGUUCUCAAUCCAAUAUGCAUCAGCAAAGUCAUGGAUAGAUUCCGGACUGCAAGUGGACCGAAUUAUAGGCCAUAGCUUUGGUCAACUUACUGGACUCUGUGUCGGUGGCGGGUUGAGCCUUUCGGAUGCUCUUUAUCUUGUCUCGGAGCGAGCCAAGAUGAUCCACAGCAUGUGGGGUUCUGAGCGUGGAGCUAUGCUCCUAGUGGAGGGCUCAGAGGUGGAGGUACAGGGUUUGCUGAAUCGUGCAGCAGAGCAUAUGGCAGAUGUGGCAGUGGAUGUGGCUUGUGUCAACGGCCCACGUAAUACCAUAUUGGCGGGAGACGAGCGAUCCCUACAAAUGAUUGAGAAUCUGUCGGCGAAAGCCCCCUCCAUCCUUCGCACAAAGAGAUUGAAGAACACACAUGCUUUCCAUUCCCGCCUGGUCGAUAGCAUUGUUCCUCCCCUGACCAAGGUAGCCCAGCAGCUUCAAUACAAGCCAUUGUCUAUCCCUAUUGAGGCUUGUUCUCAGUAUGAUGACUGGACUUCUGUUACCCCAGGCAAGAUUGUGGAUCACAGCCGCAGACGAGUUGACUUCCAGACAGCCGUUGAGCGGGUGGCCCAGAGGAUUCAAGGACCUGCUAUCUGGCUGGAGGCGGGAUCCGCAUCUCCCAUCAUCCCGUUGGUACGACGGGUUAUCGAUACAGUGGCAGCCUUUUCAAAUGGGCAUGUCUACCAGGCGCUCGACUUGGGAGGCGCACUGGCCCAGAAAAACCUUUCACAGGCUACGUGCAACCUUUGGUCUAGAGGUGUGAAGGUACAGUUCUGGCAGUUCCACGAUUCCCAAGCCAAGAGCUACAACUGGAUCAACCUCCCACCUUACCAGUUUGCUCAAACACGUCACUGGAUUGGAUACGACCCAAAUGCCUUCGCGUCGUUGCCUGAAGUCAAGCCAACUGUGCCUUCUUCUGAUGCCCCGAAAGAGUUUGUGCAGCUGCUCACAAAGCAGCCGACCGAGUGUGUGUUUGCCAUUAAUACGAAUGACCCUCUUUAUCAGGAGUGUACACAAGGCCAUGCAGUACUUGAUCAAAACCUCUGCCCUGCCUCUCUCUACUUUGAGAUUAUUGUUCGAGCGGCGGGACUGAUUCGCCCAGAAAACGACAUAUCACUAGCCAUGCCUCACCUGAAAGACCUUGCCAUUUCGGCUCCGCUUGUGCUCAACCCUAGGGGAAAUGUUAUGUUGAGCCUUACUCGCGCCCGGGUGGGUGACUCCCCAUGGUCAUUCUCCCUCUUCACUCGUGAGCCCAACAAGAAUACAGUCACCACACAUGCAACCGGUGAGAUCAGCUUGCACCCCUUCGGCCAGAAUACACCUCUCUUCGUUCGACUUCACUCCAUGAACCGAUUGAUUGAUUCUUCUCGAGUGGACUCCAUCGCCAAUUCACGAGAGUCGAGCGGUCUUAAAGGAUUCGCCGUAUAUCAAGCCUUCCGCAGAGUUGUCAAUUACGCUGAUUAUUAUCGUGGCGUUGAACAAGUGUUCGCGACUGAUCAUGAGGCCGCUGGAAUCGUGAACCUCCCCUCGUCCCGGACAAAGGACGCGUCAUGUGAUCCAAUGCUCGUCGACAAUUUCAUUCAAGUCGCUGGAAUCCACGUAAACUGUCUUUCGGAGACAAAAGAAGAAGAGGUUUUUGUUUGCACUGGGGUUGGGGAAAUCUUGAUUGGAGAGGCUUUCAUGACCCGGGAUCCCAAUUGCUCGCGUUCGUGGGCUGUAUACUCUAACGUGGACCGAUCUAUCAAGAAUAAGAUCACUUGUGAUACGUUUGUCCUAGAUCGGGAGACCGAUAAACUUGCUGUCACCAUUCUUUCGGCGACAUUUACCAGUGUCUCCAUCGCCGGUCUUUCCCGAGUACUCAAGAAAUUGAACAAUCAACCCGACGACAAAAAAGUGCCUCUAGGCCAGUCUCUUCGCGAUGACUCCAAGGUUGCACUCAAUCCUACCCCUCAGAAUGCACUAGCCGCUGUUCCGGUUCCUCUCCACUCUGCCCCGGAUAGUGGACACUUUAUGGUCGUCCAGGAGAUGCUCUGCGAUCUAUUAGGAAUCGCCUCCGAUGAGUUGUUGCCAUCAUCGAACCUCGAAGACAUUGGUGUUGAUUCGCUGAUGCGAACUGAGGUUUUGGUGGAGAUAAAGAAGAGAUUCAAUUUCACCAUUGACACUUCCUCCUUCGUUGAGUUCCCCGAUAUCCUAACGCUGGUGCAGACAAUUUUCCCCGAUGCCGCAACUGCUCCCCUCACAAAUGGAGUUCACCCGUCAUUGCAAAUCGAGACUACAGAAGCAGUUGACUCGGAGAGCAAUACCCAUGUUAUCCCAACCCCAAUUUCCGAUGAAGAAGUACAUGGCCUCAUUGACAUUGCACCUGGCCUUUUCACUGAUAUUCAGAGAAGUAUGGUGCACAGUCAAUCUACCCAAUGGGACGGGUUUUGUGAAUCCGUAUAUCCCAGACAGAUGGCCCUUGUCACAGCUUAUGUGGUAGAGGCUUUCAAAUCCCUCGGUGUCUCCCUGGAGAGCUUUGAGGCUGAGCAUCUUAUCCCACAAGUGCCAGUUCUUCAACAGCAUAGCAAGGUUCGAAGCCAGCUUUAUUCCAUCUUGCAAUUUUCCAAUCUCAUCCGGGCUACUGAUCAUGGCUUUGUGCGAACUUCGGUUCCCGUAUCCACCAUUUCGUCCGAUGUAUUGCACGAGGAAAUUAUUCGCCUCUAUCCCCAGCAUACAUCUGAGCACAAUCUGCUGAGGACAACGGGCUCGCGACUCAGUGACUGCUUAAGCGGAGCAGCCGACCCACUUUCUCUUCUCUUUCAAGAUGCAGAGGCUCGUCGACUGAUGGAGGAUGUAUACACAAACGCUCCAAUGUUCAAGGCUGCAACUAACCACCUAGCCCAAUAUCUUGUCAAUCUCCUUGGUCGCGUGGAUACCACCAGAGAAAUUAAGAUUCUCGAGAUUGGAGGUGGCACUGGGGGCACAACCAAAGCUUUGUUGAGUCAGCUGACUGCCGUUCCUGGUCUUCGUUUCCAAUACACAUUCACGGACCUAUCCUCGGGGCUCCUGACUCUGGCACGCAAGAAGUUCAAGCAUUACAGUUUCAUGAAAUACCAAGUCCUCAACGUUGAACGGGCUCCUACCCCAGACAUGCUCGGUCAAUAUGAUAUCGUCUUAUCCAGCAACUGUGUGCACGCAACCCGCAAUCUCGUUCAAUCGUGUUCGAAUAUCAACAAGCUUCUACGGCCAGACGGGCUUCUUUGCCUAAUCGAGCUCACACGCAACUUAUUCUGGUUCGAUCUUGUUUUCGGUCUGCUGGAGGGCUGGUGGCUCUUUGAGGAUGGUCGGCAACACGCCCUUGCGACCGAACACGUGUGGAAACAAACUCUUUCCCAAUCAGGUUUCCAAUGGGUGGACUGGACAUACAAUGACUCUCAAGAAUCCAAUGUGCUUCGGGUGAUCACUGCGUCACCAACCUCGGCUGUCAUUUUACCCCCGUCCCCCAGGAGCCCCUUAUAUCUCAUGAACGAAGAGACUAUUGUGUACGGCAAGAACGAUGGCGUGGAGCUCUCUGCAGACAUUUACUAUCCUCGGGAUCUUCAGCCUAUUGGAAAACCCCGUCCAAUUGCUCUUCUUAUCCAUGGCGGCGGGCACAUUAUGCUCUCGCGCCGGGACAUCCGCAGCAAGCAAGUCAGAAUGCUCCUGAAUGCGGGAUUCUUGCCAGUCAGUGUUGAUUACCGACUCUGCCCAGAGGUUUCCCUGACCGAAGGCCCAAUGCAUGAUGUAUGCGAUGCUCUUUGUUGGGCUCGCCAUGUCCUGCCCAGUUUAACUCUUGGUCGUCCUGAUAUCCAACCAGACGGAACCCAAGCGGUAGCGGUUGGCUGGUCUACUGGUGCCCAUCUGGCCAUGACAUUGGCUUGGACUUCUCAGCAGAGGGGCAUAGCCCCGCCUGACGCUAUCCUCGCAUUCUACGGCCCAACAGACUAUGAAGACUCUUUUUGGUCUCAGCCCAAUUUCCCUUACGGAAAGAAUGCCGCCUCGCCAGAAAUGCGAUACAACCUGUGGGAAGGCAUAUAUGAGACGCCAAUCACUGCCUACAAUCCUCCGGUCGACCAGAAGGCCCUUGGAGGCUGGAUGUCACCGGCGGAUCCUCGCAGCCGAAUUGCGUUGCACAUGAACUGGAAAGGACAAAGCCUGCCUAUGUUGCUUCACGGCGGCCGCUUCUGGUCGGAUCAUAAAGAUGGCAACUGUGGAGAGGAGUUGCCCGUUCCGACACUUGAGGAAAUCCAAGCAGUGAGCCCUCUGGCACAGAUUCGCAAUGGGCGUUACAAGACGCCCACUUUCAUCAUACAUGGAACCCUUGAUGAUCUCAUUCCAGUGGAACAGGCCCAAAGGACCUCACAGGAGCUGGUUACGAAGGGCGUUGAGGUACAACUUCGAGUUGUGGAUAAGGCAGUACACCUGUUUGACAUUUAUCCUGGUUUUGAAAAAGACCAGGCAGCUUCUCGGGCUGUUGAAGAUGGUUAUGAGUUUUUGCGUGAUCAUGUUCGAUAUUAG